UUUGCAAGGAAGGCUAUAUUGUCCUGGCUGGGCUGAGACCAUUUUAUUAGCGAAUUGAUCACAUUGUUUCCUUUGCCUAGAGGAUGUGAAGAGGUAGAAGAAAAGGCAGACACUCAUUUCACACUCUAAAUAAUAGUGUCCCCAGUGGGAGACUUGUCUUGCAGCCUCCAAACUUGAAAUCUCUCUCCAAUGGCACCACUGCAGCAGGCCAAGCCCAAGAAGAAAAAACACCUAUUACUGGUGUUUUAUUGGAAAAAGAACCAGCAAGAAAAGAAGCCACCUUCUCCUCCCAGUGUUCCUUCUGAGCCUUCAGAUUCUUCUAGCCACGCUGAUAGUGCUGCCCCUAGCAGCUGGGCUGGGCUGGAUGCACAGGGUCGACCGAAACCUGAAGCGCCCUGUAAGAAGAAAGGCAACACAACGUCUUCCACCUCUCCAGCUAUGGACCACCAAGCUCUGAACGCUCUCCUCACGGGAGGCCCAUUUAUUGUAGCCCAGAAUCAGUCCAGGAGGAAAGACUGCCAUACCUGCAAGGGCUCAAAGAAAAGGAAACAAGAGAUUGGGCUCAGGAAGAGGUUGGGCUCAUCAGACAAGAAUAGAAAAAAAGUACAAGCUUCAGAGUGUCCACUCAACACAGAAGAACUGGGGCGAAAUGUGUGGGCUUUCCUUCACACCAUGGCAGCGUAUUACCCAGAUGAGCCCAGCAAUGAUCAGCAGCUUGAUAUGACUCAGUUCAUCGACUUACUUAGUAAAUUUUAUCCCUGUGAAAAGUGUGCAAAAAACCUAAGGAACAGAUUAAACACAAAAAAGCCAGAUACUAGCAGCAGAAAGCAGCUAUGCCAAUGGCUAUGCCUUCUUCACAAUGAAGUGAAUGAAAUGCUGGGAAAACCCCAGUUCAACUGCUCCCACAUAGAUGAACGCUGGCGAGAAGGCUGGGAGGAUGGUUCAUGUAACUAGGGCAUGGAGAC